AUGUCUUUCGUUAAGUUCCUGGCUAUAUCGUGCCUGUUGAUAUGUGGAUGGGCAAAUCCUCUGAAGGGACCUUUCGCCUCGCGACAAGUCGACCCUCCUACUGCCUCUACUGUUUGUGGAGACAUCAUCGUCGCUGUAAAUAACGGAUAUACACUAUUCCGUGCAUCGUUGGUGUAUGAGUGCUUGCAAAGUGUCCCUUUGAACCCAGCUGUCGCAAUGCGCUUUAUCGACUAUUACAACAUGACCUUACAGUUCCAAUCCACAUUGGGUUAUGUCAAAGCGCCACCCACCGGCUACCAACGGGCACCGUUCGACAUCGAAGAAGCUCUACAGGAGAUUAAGCAGAACGUGACUAAGGCUGGCUACAGAAAUCAAUACGAGUUCGAAGCACAAAUUCAGCUCCUGGUAAACCAGAUACGCGACACGCACGUUGUUCUCAAUUCCGGGAUCUUGUCGGCUUUCUCGUUUGUUGGCUCAUAUGGGCUUGCAAGUGCGUCUAUUGACGGCAAGCAAGCGCCGGACAUCUACCUUGAUGAAGACUUGCGCAAAGCUUGGGAGACUGGAGAGCACAAAGCGUCGCCUGUGACCCACAUCAACGGGGUUGACGUGAUCGAAUAUCUGGAAACUUUCGCCGAACAGAACUCUGAAGGCUUCUUAGAACCACAUGCUGAUUGGAACGCGAUAAUGAACAAUCCUGCACUCGACAUCCAGGGUAUUCCCAGUACAUUCCAAUCGGCAAAUCUCUACCCUGGGGAUGGAAUCUUCUCCGACGCCCUCAACUUUACACUUCAAAAUGACACUGUUGUCAAGACCGUCUGGUGGGCGAUUUGCGUCGAUUGUGAGGACACUGGACCCCUCACCACCGGCGGCGAUUUCUACAAUUAUUUUGUUCUCGGAAAUUUACCAGAGAGCUAUGUUGAAGGCGGACAGUGGUGGCCUACUAUGAAAGACGAGAGUCAGCCACCAUCCAACGACAGCGAUAGUAGUUUCAACUUUACAGCGGUACUGGAAGCCUAUUGUACCGAAGGGGCGUCAUCCAACCAGAACUGGUGCAUGGACAGCCAUGGAGCAUAUCCGAACAACCCUAUGACUACCCAAGCCGAUCUUUCUAUCGUAGGAGGAGGCAUCGUAUCUAGCUACAUGUUAGACGACAAUUCCACCGCCGUCCUUAGCAUACCCUCAUUCUUUCAGGACGGUCAGGACAUUUCCAGUUUUCGGCAAGCGGUCCAUGACUUCGUUGGCAACGCGUCACAGAGGCAGGCUUCCCGCGUCAUUAUUGAUCUCCAGCAAAAUUCUGGGGGCCUUGUCCUCCUCGCCUACGAUACUUUCAAACAAUUCUUUCCGAGUUUCGAGCCGAACGGGGCAAGCCGCCAACGCAGUCACGAAUUGAGCAAUAUUCUCGGUGAAGCUUAUACGGAGUGGUGGAAUCGGUCAGGUCACAAUCAACCUGAGAACUCCCACUUGGCAGCGAACGAGUGGAUCGUCACUAACCGAAUCAACGCCGCUACUGGAGAAGACUUUGCGUCUUGGAGCGAGUUUUACGGCCCAGAGGCUAGCAAUGGCGAUAGGUUCUCAGGAAGUCAACGAUACAACUUGUCUGACCAAAGUUUCGACUAUGCCGCAUUCGGCAACUAUCCAUACGGGUACAAUCCGGACGAGCCCAUUACCGACACCCUACCGCCUUGGGCUCCUGAAGAUAUUGUCAUUCUUACUGAUGGUCUUUGCGCCUCUGCAUGCGCUAUUUUUGUUGAAUUCAUGACCUACCAAGCUGGAGUUAAGACUAUUGUCGUCGGCGGUCAGCCAAAACCCGGCCCUAUGCAAGCAGUUAGUGGCAGUCGUGGCGCCGCCUCAUACUCUUCCGAUGCCCUAGACGAAGACUUUGAAGCAGGACUGAAGUACUUGUCUGUGGACAAGCCUGAAGUAGCUUUGCAACUGCCCGACCGAACAGAUUCAGGAAUAAGGAUUGAUUAUGCCGGUUUCACCAUCAGAAACCAAGUGCGUGGCACAGAGCUUACGCCCCUCCAGUUCCAAUAUCAAGCUGCCAAUUGUCGAAUCUACUAUACGCUUGAAACGAUUUACAACUCGACGAAGCUUUGGAGCUACACCGCCCGGGCAGCGUGGGACGACCCAACUCUUUGUGUACAAAAUUCAACAGGGUAUCCAACGGCCCGCAACGAGACGUCAGUCAAACUGCCCCCAUCAGCCGCAUCAGUCGCACCUGCAACCUAUGACUUCUCGCCACUGCCGUUCGCUGAGAAUAUAACCUUCGAGCUUCUUGACUCCACCAUGAUCGAAAAAAGACGUGCUGGUCAGAUCAGAGUCUGUACUCAGAAUGACGCUUGCAGUUGUCAUCCUUUGGUGUUGCAAUGUCCCGGCGGACCGAAAACUGUCCAAGCUUGUCUUCCAAAAUGCAAAGUCACCAGUCACAACCCAGGCGGAGAUUGCCCAGGGACGGGUGAUUUCUGCUCUACAUCAGGGGUCAGCUCAAUGAAAAUCUAUGAACAAAGUACGUAUGGAGGCACUAACUACAGAGAAUGGGAUGGUUACUGUAAGACAACUCGUCUAGAUCUGUGUCCGAGGUAA